AUGCCACCCACGGAGAGGUCGACACCACUGGCUCAAGUUGCUUUUUCGCUCUCUACGGAAGAGAGGAAGGCGCGAACAUUCGUCACGCACAUGGCACCAAGUGGUGACGUGGUUGAUGGUGGACAAUUAGCGAAUUGCACGAGGAUGGACGAAAGGCCGAGCAGGGCUACCUUCCAAACCCAUAUACGGCUCAACAAAAGAGAAACAAGGUCAGAUAUAUGGGAGAGAUCUUGCAUUCUGGUGACUUGUUGCAACCAUAUAGCUACUAUAAAACUCACUUUUGAUGACGUCGAAAUCGAAAACUCUUCAGGAAUGCCUCUGUCUCCACCGCCACCCUUACAAAACUCGGUUCUUAUCCCUUCGAGCUGGAGAAUUGAAGAAAAAACUGAGGAUUUUUCACUGAUUGAUUCUCAGCAGGGUGGGGAUAUUGGAGAUAUUUCAAAAAAAUCCAGGGAAGCACAAUUUAUAAUGGAUAAAGAUUCAUUAGGAGAGCAAUACAAUGAAUAUGAUAUCAACUUCAAAAUCGCUAAGCUCGAAUGCAAGAAACUGCAAAUGCAACAUCAUGUGGAGAGAAAUGCUCCUUACCUAGCUUUAGAUAUACCUGAUAUUGAAGAACUCACACUGUCUCCGAAUUUACCGAUACCGAAGAAAAAGAAAAUCAAAGAUAUUGUAGAUAAUACCAAGAGGAUAUUAGCUGAUGCAUCUAUGAGAAACCAAAUAUUUUCUGAGUCUUCGUCAAGCAGGUCCAAAUCAUCGAGAAGUAGUAUUGUUGAAUUUCCAUAUUGA